CAGCAGCAGCAAAAAGAUGUGCAGUCCGCCAAGCUAAAGCGUGAUGCUGGCUUGAGCUUUGGCAGCGGCCUCUAUCAUGGACCCUCACACAAAUACUUGCCGCCCGCUGCCAGCUCUGGCGGCUAUGAGAGCACCUACGCCCAGUUGCACGGCAAUGGCUUGGCCGCUAGCAGCGGCUUUGACUUUGCCAGCCUUGACACGGACAGCAGCCAUCAUGGCCAGCUUCAUCAUCAAGCGCAGCAUCAUCAUCCCUAUCAUAAUCAUCACCAUCAUCAUUAUAGUCAUCAGCCACACACAUAUCAAUCGCUAGGCUCUUACCAUGGUCACGGGCGUCCUGUGUACAUUAGCUCCUCGAGCCUUGCUGGCGGAGCUGCUGCUGGUGCUGGCCAUGGCUAUCAUCCGCGUCCGCCCAAGGUGGAAACGUACAUUGUACAGACCAGCAAUGGCGGCGGUGGUGGUGGCGGCAGCAGCGGUGGUCAUGGAUUUGCUCAACAGGGUCAUGGUGGUUACAAGUACUCUGGACAUGGCGGCGCUUCGAGCUACUUGAACCUGCUGGGCGGUGGUUCGCACAAGCAGCAUGGCAGCAGCAGCACCUAUCUGCUGGCCACGCCCGGUUAUAGCAGCAGCAGUGGCAGCUUAGGAAGCAGCAGCCUCGGCAGCAUUGGCAGCGGUAGUCUAGGCAGCGUCGGCAGCAGCAGCGGAUCCUCCCAUGGCAUUAGCUUUGGUCAUGGUCAUCCGGCUAGCCUGGGUGGCAGCAGUCACGGCUUGGGCUUUGCGCCCGCUCCAGAACAUGAACAGCAUUUGGGCUACAGCUACGAGGCGCCCAGUCUGCAGCAAUUUGCCAAGCAGCCGCUGAACAGCUACGGCGUGCCGCUGCUGCCUGGCUAUGAGCACGGCCAGCAGGAGGAGGAGCAUCAGCAGCAGCAUGAACUGCAUCACGAAGAGCAGCAGCUGCCGGCCGAGAAGAGUCAUACGGAACAGCAGACACCGGCCUAUGCGCUCGGCCACAAGGGCUUGGGUCACUUUAGCUAUACGUCCAGCAAGCCGCUGGCCCUCAACACGGACAUCCAUCAGCACGAGGAUCAAAAUGAGCUGGUCGCUGAGCUGGCGAAGGCGCCGUUCAAGCCGAGCGCCUUCCUCGGCGCCAAGCACGAGGCGAGCCUUGGCUAUUCAGACUUUGCCACGCCCACCACACAGUAUUUGCAGCCGCCCACGGCAGCGGGCUAUGAGUAUGCGGCUCCAGGUCCGGCGGUGCUCUAUGGUGCGCCCGGGCAAUCGGGCGACUCGGCCACGCCCAUAUUCGAGCCAGAAUCCACAUAUCUGCCGCCCACACACAACUAUCACUAA